GUGUGCGAGCUGCAGCGGCUCGAGGGCGCCAUGGGCAGCGAGGCGGGGCGCCUGCGAGCCAGGGCGCUGCGGGCGAGCUGGGCGGGCAUCGCCGGGGAGCGGCCGGAGGCACGCGCGGCGGAGGCCGAGGCUGCCAGGCCGUGGCGGUUGUCGGAGGAGGAGCGCGAGGAGACGGCGCGGGCGGCCCUCGGAGCCAACGCCGAGUUCUACGAUGCGUUCAACGCCCGCGACCUUGCCGCGAUGGGCGAGCUGUGGUCGGCGGAGGCCGCAGCAUGCAGUUGCGUGCACCCAGACAAGAAGCGCGUGGUAGGCCGUGAUGCGAUUCUUCGGAGCUGGGAGGGCGUGCUCCGAGCACCGACAUGUCCGACCAUGGACAUCCUCGACGAGGUCGUGCUCCUGGCGAUGGACGGCUGUGCCGUCGUGAGCUGCGUGGAGGAGACGUCAACUGGAGGCUGCCUCCAGGCCACCAACUGCUUCGUCAGGGGCGAGGGUGGCGUGUGGCAUUGCGUCGGCCACCACGCCGGGGCGGUCGUGGGCGGCGCGGGGGGGCUCGCCAUGUCGGCGAUGGGGCAGGGGCUCGCUGGCCUGUGGCCCUGGGCGAGCAGGGCUCCAGAGCCGGACGGGCCCGUGGGGGUGGCCGUGCGCCCCCCGCGGCAGGUCGCCCGGCGAGCGGCGACGCCGCCGAGGGGCGCGGCGACGCGCGAGGACCAGGAGAGGGAGCUGGAGGCUCGCGAGUCGGUGGAGCGGCUGCUGGCGGCGGCGGAGGCCGCGGCUGCCAGCGAGGCGGCCUCCCUGGAGGCCAGGGCGGCGCUGCUGCGCUGGCAGGCGGCCGUCGAGGAGCUGGACCGGGAGGGCGAGCGCGGGGCGGCGCCAGCGGGCCACGAGGGGGAGGAGGUCUGCGGGCGGCGCCUCGAGACAGAGGCCGUCAGGGCGGCCGCGCGGCGGGCGAACAGCGCCUACUACCGCGCGUUCAACGAGCGCGACGGCGCGGCGCUGGCACGCCUGUGGGCCCCUGCGGGCAUGGUGAGCCAGUGCGCGCAGCCUGGGAGGACCUUUGCGCGGGGCCGGGAGGCCGUGCUGUCGAGCUGGGAGGGCCUCCUGGGCAACCGCGCCCUGCCAACCGUCGAGGCCGUCGCGGAGCAGGUGCUCCUGGAGGGCCCCGAGGGUGCCGUGGUGGCGUGCACCGAGGAGGUGAGCACAGGGGGCUGCUUCGAGGCCACGAAUACGUUCGCUCGCGGCGAGGAUGGCAAUCUCUACAUGGUGGGCCACCACACCUGA